GUCAGGAAACUUGGCGGACUGAAAAAAGAAUACAUUUUCUGCGACCUACGAGUCCCGACCCAGUUUCAAACCACCAAGGCAGACGACAUCAACCUUGUCAUCCUCACAGGUCACGGGGUGUUCUGCAUCGAUGUGAAGCCCUGGAGAGGAACGGUGUCUUCCCAGCAGCAGAACUGGCAUGUUCAGCUCAAAGAACAGGACCACGACUUUACCAACACCUCUAUAGAACAGGUGGCAGACCCUCUUGAGGCCAUCAUGACCAAGACAGCUAACCUGUGGCAGUACCUGAGGAGGAGCGGCAUAUCGGUGCGUCAGGAGCUCUUCCUUCCCAGGCUAGUCUUCCUCGCCCCAGACUGCCAGCUGGAUGAAGAGUUGAGGAAGAGGAGGGAGCUGGUCUCCCACAGUCAAAUAGAUGCGUUCCUCCGCUCCUUCAGAGAGGGUUAUGUAGCCUGGAUAUCAGACGCACUGACUCCUGCCUGGCUGUCUGGUCACCUGUCGUACCGUCAGAUAGGGGAGCUGAAACAAGUGGUGAGGAAAAUGGGGACCUGGGACCUCGUCAGACUACAGGGAGGAGAGCAGCUCAAGGGAGACUUCCGGAGCUGUCCUUACAUCGCUCUAAACCGCCAGGAGACGGACACCAUGGAAUUCUUUAAGAUCAAAACGCUGUCUGCUAAUUCACUGUGGGCUCUGCUGGGACACGCCCCUCAGGUAACGGUGAAGAUGUAUCGACGUGGAGCUCCAGGCUGGCUGGGAAAGCCCCUGACGUCCACCAGCACCAUCCCUCACAACACGCACGUCAUCUUCAGGAUCAACGGAGAGGAAACGGAUGCCAGGAUCCCUGCUAACGCCAUCCAAAGCAUUACACUCAGCAUAUGACCUUUUAACCCUGGUUACGGCCCACCAGGUACCCUAUAUAGUACACUACUUUUAGUGCGCUGGUAUAUGGAAUAGGGUGCCAUAUUUUGGGAUACAUCACAGACAGUGGAUCUGUAUGAGAAACUAGCCUGUUCUCCACAGUCUGCAGGUUUUAGGUGUGUGUGUGUGUGCAGUUUUCUAAACUACCAGGUUGGGUAUCUGUUGAAUCAGUCACUAUUUAAACUAAUUUACCCAACUCGUUAUUUGGGCCCUUUAAGACCAGAAGGGCAAAAGAAGUCAAGGGGAUUGUUGAUAACUGAAGGACCCUGUAGUGAGGCUUCAGGGAUCUCCUUCUAUACUAGCUAUCACACAACAAUGAAAAAAAAAUAUAUAUAUAUAUAUCUGCUGUUUUUAGUUAUUUAUAAGAGUACCUUUUUAGCACAUAGAUCACUUAGUUGUGCUCCACAGCAUCCUGCAGGCUACCAAAACGUCCCUUAACCACAGCUACGCAGCAUCCUGCAGGCUACUAAACGUCCCUUAACCACAGCUACAAAGCAUCCUGCAGGCUACCAAACGUCCCUUAACCACAGCUACACUUGUCACCCUGUAAGUCAAACCAUUGUUAUGCUGAAAAUCUGUUUCAUAAUCAGCACUUAGCCUAAUGUAAACUCUCCCGUUCGCAAACCGACUCGACUCGCCUUGUUUCAUCCGCAGUGGCCUGUCAUACUCAACGACAAUAUUAUGUUAAUGAAGAUGGUUCAGAACAAUUAGCCUGAUUAACUUCCUGUUUUUGAAUGAUAAUUCUAGUGUUUGGCCCCUGCCACUAACGUAGACAUUAACUAGCUGUUAUGUCGGUCGGUUUGAUUGUCACCACUACAUGGUUCAGCUGCGGAGUGUCUACCAAACGUGCUAAUUGUUAGUUAAAAACCGCUGGCCCCUUAGUGUUAACGAGGGCUGGGGAAGGUACCUGCAUUACUGGCUGUAUUGGUUGGAUGGCGUGUGAUAAGGUCUGUUUUUCCUGAGUUUCUGUACGUUUUUCUUAUUAAUAUCCUCUUCUCUCUGGCAAGAUGAUCUUCCAAGAGCUCACGUGUUCAGACCAAACCUGGGUUCAAAUACUAUUUAAAAUCAUUUUCAAUAAUUUAGCUGUGCUUUAUUGAGCAUGCCUGUUUCAAUAGAAAAGUCCCAAAAGUACAAACCUGGCACUCCAGGCAGGCUUAAGCAAAUGCUUGAAGUAUUUGAAAGAUUGCAUAUAUAUAAUACCUACUCUCUAUUCUCAGUGAAACCGUGGUUGCCUUGGGGCAGCCAUUUUUCCAAGACAUUGUUCAUUGUUUUUUUUGUUUUUUUUCCUAUGGGUGUGCAUUCAAAAUGGAUGUAUAUGUGUUUAUAUGUAACUAUACCCAUGUCUUACGUUCUGAACGUGUUUAUAUGCAACUAUACCCAUGUCUUACGUUCUGAACGUGUUUAUAUGCAACUAUACCCAUGUCUUACGUUCUGAACGUGUUUAUAUGCAACUAUACCCAUGUCUUACGUUCUGAACGUGUCGUUGGACUUGAUAUGUGCUCUCCUACUCAAUGGUUUGUUCUCAGGAAAAUGUAUCUUUUUGAGACCACUAUGCUCCAACUAGUUUUACAAAGACGGUAGGCCUGCUGUGGGACUCUAAAAGUAGAUCUACAGUAGGCCUGCUGUGGGACUCUAAAAGUAGAUCUACAGUAGGUUUACGGAUUAUACUGAACAUUUUAAAACAAGUCUUGACAAUACUACAAGCAACUAUACCAUUUGUAUUCAAAGGCAUAAUUAAGCCAUACUCUGCAUGCUUAUUUUACCAUUUAUAUAUAAUUUUUUAAUAGAGAUCUUUAGUGAUUUAUUAAAUGAGCUAUUCAAAUGUUUGUACUACUUGAUGUUUUUAAAAAUAAAAUGGUGUCAAAAAUCUAA